CGUGUACACCACCGAAACGAUCGAAAUACUUGAGUAAAGCCAGCCAAUCGGUGUCGCACGAUCUGCACAGGAAAUCCAGGGCAACUGCUAUAUAUAAUGUAUAAAAAUUAUUGUAAUCAGUUGGAACAGCAGAAACAACCUCAGCAAGAAAAAAUGUCCGACCUCGCCGAAUUGUGGAAGAAAUUGAGUGGAGCCAAAUAUCCAGAUGAAUGCAAAUCUCUACUUAAACAAUGUUUAACACAGGAAUUGUUUGAUCAAUUGAAGGAUAAGAAAACUUCACUAAAUGGAACUUUAGCAGACUGCAUUCGUUCAGGAGCCAAGAAUUUGGACAGCGGGGUCGGACUGUAUGCAUGUGAUCCAGAGGCAUACACCACAUUUAAACCAUUGUUCGAUGCCGUCAUCAAGAUGUACCACAAGGUUGACACCAUUAACCAUCCAAAACCCGACUUUGGAGACAUCUCAAAACUUGACUUCGGAGAUAUCGACCCCAGCGGUGAAAUGAUCGUAUCCACCAGAGUUCGUGUCGGCAGAAGUCACGAUGGUUACUCAUUCCCUCCAUGCUCAAACAAAGAGGCAAGAAUUGAUAUGUUGAAAAAGACUGAGGAAGCUUGUGCUACACUCCCAGGUGAGCUGGCCGGCAAAAUGUACCGUCUAGAAGGCAUGUCAAAGACCGACGAACAACAACUUAUUGAUGAUCACUUUCUGUUUAAAAAUGACGACAGAAUGUUGGGUGAUGCUGGAGGCUAUGCAGACUGGCCUAUUGGUAGAGGUAUCUUCCACAACCCCAAGAAAACAUUCUUAGUGUGGGUUAACGAGGAGGACCAUUUACGUUUCAUUUCCAUGCAGAUGGGUGGUAACCUCGGUGAAGUUUACAAACGAUUAGUCAGCGGCAUUCAAGAAUUAGAAAAGAAGCUGACCUUUGCCAAGAAGGAUGGUUAUGGUUACUUGACCUUCUGUCCAACUAACUUAGGAACAACAUGCAGAGCCAGUGUACACAUUAGAAUUCCAAAACUCUCAAAGUUACCAGAGUUUAAAGAAUUCUGUGAAAAACUCAAUCUCCAACCCAGAGGUAUCCACGGUGAACACACAGAAAGUGUAGGUGGUGUAUUUGACAUUUCCAACAAACGUCGUUUGGGUCUCACUGAAUAUGAAGCCAUCCAGGAAAUGAGAAAAGGAGUAGAAGAGAUCAUUAAGAAGGAGAAAUCCUUGUAAAGAAAACGAACUUUAGUCCCUCCAUACUGUUUUUCAUCCAUAGUGUGUUAUUAAUGGGCUAGUCAUGAGUGAUAUAAUGUUCCAAUCUCAGAAUCCCAGACAUCGAAGAGGAUUAUUGGACCUUUUUCCUAACAUAGAUCUUGCUCCUUGUGGGCAUUCUUAUAGCAGCAUUUUAUAUGUUCUUUGUCUAGACCCAAAAUAUUGUGUGAUAUUUUUCUAUUAUUAUUUUUUUCACUUGUUAACAAGAAUUAUUUAUUGUUGUUAAAUGGAAACCGACCUACUGCAACAAAAUGGUUCUGGUGCAACCAUUUUUCAAUUAAAAAAGAGAAAAAUAAAAAAAUAUGAAAAUGUA